AUGAGUUCUAUAGGAACGGGUUACGACUUGUCUGCAUCACAAUUCUCCCCUGACGGCAGAGUAUUUCAAGUUGAAUAUGCAGCAAAAGCCGUAGAAAACUCUGGUACAGUUAUUGGAUUACGAGGAAAAGAUGGUGUCGUUUUUGCAGUUGAAAAGCUAGUUACAUCCAAAUUGUAUGAAACUGGUGCAAACAAGAGGAUAUUCCAUGUAGAUGAACAUGUUGGGAUGGCUGUUUCCGGUCUAAUAUCAGAUGCAAGGCAGAUUGUUGAAACUGCACGCUCAGAAGCAUCAAACUACAGAUCUCAAUAUGGCAUCCCGGUCCCAUUGAAAUACUUAAAUGAGCGUGUCUCUAUGUACAUGCACGCCUACACAUUGUACAGUGCUGUCCGUCCAUAUGGAUGUGCUGCUAUUAUGGGGUCUUGGUCAGAGCAUGAUGGACCACAGAUGUACAUGCUUGAGCCUAGCGGAGUCUCAUUUUCAUACUUUGGAUGUGCAGUUGGCAAGGCAAAGCAAGCUGCGAAGACAGAAAUUGAAAAGCUCAAACUUGCUGAUAUUCCAGUUAAAGAUCUUGUUAAGGAAGCAGCUAGAAUCAUAUACCUUGUCCACGAUGAAUUGAAGGACAAGCAAUUUGAACUGGAGUUAUCCUGGGUAUCUAAGGACACAAAUGGGCGCCACCAAUUGGUGCCAAAGGAAAUUGCUUCAGAAGCUGAAAACCAAGCGAAGCAAGCCUUGGCUGAUAUUGAAGAUUCUGAUGAUGCUGAUAUAAGACUCGAUAUUGAUUUUAUUGUAGGCAAAUAUUUUACAGAUAUUGUUAAAUUGUGUAUCAUAACGGCCAAGAGGAACGACAUAAGACGUGUUAUAUACAACAUUGCUGAGUUAUGGCCGACUAAUAAUUUUAAAGAGGAAAAAGACUCGACUCUUUGUAUGUGGACUGAACGGUUACAUUUGUUCCAGCGAUUUUUCUACUUCUGUGGCUAUAUCGGUAUCAGCUUCUACUUAGCAGUACCACUGGUGAUGACCAUUUAUACUGGUUUUACCGAAGAAGAAAUAAUCUAUCAAUUUCCACUAGAUACAUACUUUUUCAGUUUCUUAAAAUCCAACUACGAAUAUGCCAUCGCGUAUCUUUAUAUUUCUGUUGUGGCUGGCACAGUGCAUAUGUGCCUCUACAUAGCGACUGACUUUAUACUUACGUCUCUCGUAUUUGACGUAAGUGGUCUUUUAGCGGCGCUCCAAAAUGAUUUUACUCAAAUUGAUGAAAAAGCUGAAAAUGAUUUGUCUGUCAUGACCAACAUUGUAAAGAAACAUCAAAAGUUAUUAAGUGUAGUAGAGAAGCUGAAUCAUAUUUUUGGACCGUUGUUAUUUACACAAGUAACAUUUUCUUCGAUCGUCAUUUGCUGUUUUGGUUUUCUCACUAUAGUUGGAAAAGACCUGAUAAAAAGUUUAUUGGCAACUUUUGGCAUAAUCCUGGCAAUGUACAACUUUUGCUGGUCCGGCCAACUGCUUUCAGAUACAAGCUCUGAUAUGGCGGACGCGGCAUACAACUGCGCUUGGUACACAAGAGACAAGAGAUUUCGAAAAUACAUUCUGGCAAUUAUUACAAGAGCUCAAAAACCCUGCACGAUGUCCGCCCUGGGAUUCUCUGACGUCACUCUUUCUACCCUAUCUACAAUUUUGAGCACUUCGUGGAUGAAUCAAAUGUAUGAGGAUAUUGACGUCUCUUAG